CUACCAUGAACUAUUAGAAAUGUCACUCAAAAACACCACACUAUCUUUUAGCAUUAAAAUCAACAGAAAAAUACUACGUACUACCAAGAAACUACAAAAGAAUUAAAUAUCAUAAAUUUUGUUUUAUGUUCCACUAACCUACUGUGAACCUGCAGAUAAAAUCACUAAUCUACUGUGAAAUUUACUUCAUUCCGAGAUAACAACCAUGAACUUUCAGCAGGGGAAGAAAAAAAAAGCUCUGCCGUAUUUGACUCGGAGGGAACCCCUAAGCAAGGCAAGGAAAUCUCUGCACGCUUUUGGAAAGGAGGAAGAUGAGGGGGGGAGCACAGAGAAAGAAAAGCAAAGGAAUUCAAAGGCCUCGGUUGAUAUCUUUAUAGCCCCCUGUGAAGCCUUGGGAUGCUGCUGUCCCUAUGAUGGGGCGCAUCCAAGGGCCCUCAUUGAUACUGUGACGGAAUCGAUUAAAGAAGAAACAGCACAGCUGCUGCUGUGUGCGAACGCAGAGAUUGGGGUCGUUGCGCUGCUUGCUUUGCAGCUAGCUAGCUGCUUUUGUCAUUCACCUGCGUUGGGGCGUGGUUUUUUUUUCCCGCUUUUCUUCUGAGAGAGGGGCUGAAGGCUAAAAGCCUUUCACUUCUCGCGCAGAAUCGCAUUAUGCGAGAUGUCUUGGAGAUAAAAGAGUUGUCCGUAAUAGUAUGCGUGCGAAAAUCGCGAACAUGCAUUGUAAAUCUCAGUAGUUGUUUCCUAAGUUUUUUUCCGGCAGAACAUGCAUUGAUUCAUGACGGUGUUUUAGCUUCAAAGUGUACGUGAGCGUUGGCUAUUUAUGGGGUUAUUGCUAAUCA